AUGGAUAGUAUUUUUAUUAUUCCCGAACGCACAGAAGUAACCCACGUCAACGAGAAAUACUUAUAUAAUGUGUCUGCACGCGUCAUACGGUACGGCAGAAAAAGUGAUUACCUCUACAACCUCGAGGGAGGGAUCAAGCAUACUUGGGGAAAUAAUAUCACGAUUCAUUUCGUUUUCUUCGAAGCUCAAAACAACCAAUACAAGCGGAGUCUAUUAGAGCUAAAACUGAAGUUUUGCGACUUAUUCCAACGAGAACAAUACAUCGGAAAGAUGUUAAGGACGAUUUUAGACAAAUAUGGAAUAUCCUGCCCUAUUGCGCCGGGAAUGUACCGAUUCUUGAACACGACGCUGCCCGGAGAGAAGACUCCCAACUACCUGCCAUUCCGGAAGGGGAAGGUCGAGGUCACGUUUAACCAGUUGCAGACGCAAGAUUUAGUUGGAAGGUUUUUUGUAAUAUUUACCGUUAAAUCGUAGGCUUACAAAAAAAACAUAUUAGUACU